AUGGAGGACCCUGAGAAGAAGCUGAACCAGAAGAGUGACGGCAAACCCCGGAAAGUACGAUUUAAAAUCUCUUCCUCCUACAGUGGCCGGGUGUUGAAGCAGGUCUUUGAGGAUGGGCAGGAAUUAGAGUCGCCAAAGGAGGAGUACCCUCACAGUUUCCUCCAAGAGUCCCUUGAACCAAUGGAUGGUGUUUAUGGGUCUGGGGAAGCCCCCAAACCCCGGUCGUACUCCCCUAAGCUGACUGCUCAGAGGAUCAGCGUGUUUCGAGAGGGUAGUGCCUACACCUUGGCGAGCAGCCAGCCUUUCUUCAAUGAUUACAAGGCGAAUGACCGGAAGUCCCCACCUAUUAUAGAUUUUGGAAAGAUAAUCAUCUACACGAAUAACCUGAAAAUCAUUCGAACUCCAAUGGACAAGAGAGAUUUCAUGAGGAAAAUGCUCCAGAAGGAAGAGGAGGCUGAGGAAGAGUCUCUGAUGAGCAAAGAAGAAAUCUGUGGAGACCAGAACGAUGGGCCUUUGGCAGAGACGGAAGGCACCUUCCCCCAUAACCAGUACCCACAGGAAGGGGAACUUCCCGAGGACAACUGUUUUCACUGCCGAGGAUCGGGCAGUGCCACCUGCUCUCUGUGCCACGGCAGCAAGUUCUCGAUGCUGGCCAACAGAUUUAAGGAGUCCUAUCGGGCCCUGCGGUGCCCUGCCUGCAAUGAGAAUGGCCUGCAGCCUUGCCAGAUUUGCAAUCAAUAG